AUGGGGUCUCCUUUUGCUCGGUGUCUUUUAUUAUCACCAACUGCCGUGUCUCUUCAUUUUUCCUCUUAUAUAAAUCCUUUUAAAAAAAUCCUUUGGAAAAAUCUUUUCGCCUAUCUAAUUUCUUUUUCUUUGCACCUCUGUUUUUCUGAUUUCAUUUCAAGUGCCUUUUCGGAUUAUCUUCCUGCAUUUGCGUUUUGCUGCCGUGGGUGGUUCCUUUUCACACUGCUGAUCGUUCUUCUGCCAUUUUUCCAGACUUCAAUAGCUGCUUCAAUAAGUUCAAGUGGAGACGAAGACUCAGAAUUGGCGAGGCUGCUUCCCUCGAUCUUCUUCAGCAGCAGCUCAAUUCAUUCUCUUUUUCUCAGCAGCGAGACAUGGUUCUCUGGUUACGCAAAGAUGGGUUCUCAGCAGCGAGCUUUAAUUCACUUCAUGCCUCUAGUUUGAAUGAUAACUGUGACAGAUUUGUGUGUAUUCUAUGGAAGCACAAGCUCCCACCUCGCUUACAGUUUUUCGUUUGGUUACUUCAUUGAGGCUGCCUCACCUCGAAAGAAUUCCUGUUUUGCCGUAAGUUGCUUCCUCCGGAUCAACGGUUUUGCCAUCAUAGUUCUAAAAUUGAAACAAGUUUGCAUAUUGUUGUUUCUUGCUCGAUAGCUUGGAGAUUUUGGUCUUCUUUUCUCAACAAAAUUGGGGUCUCGACUUGGACGUUUCCAGGUGACAUUUCUAGCUUCUACUAUCAAUGGAUGGAUUUAGCUAAUAUGAAGUAUAAAAAGCUUUGGGCAACCAUUUGGUUCUUUGGCAUUAGGGAGAGUUGGAAAGCAAGAAAUAUGCAAGUUUCAGAAUGAAUUAACGGAUUAUAAAGAUUUACUUUGGCUUUGUAUUAAUAAAGGGGUGAUUCAUUAUAAAUAUCACAACCCUCGGUUCUUUUUUGGUAGUAAUGAUGUAUUCCGGUGUUUAGAUUUCUUUUUGAAAUUCUAGAUUCCGUUUCUUUUGCCUUCCGCUUCUUGUGGAAGAGCUAAUAUAAUUAUCAUUUAACAAAAAAAAGUGUAAAUUAA